AUGGGGUGGGAGAGAGUCAGUGAGGACCCGCCGCACAUUGCAGAGAUCAUGGCUGGAGACGACACUAUACAUCAAUCUUUAGGUGUCUUUAAAAGGAGGCAUGACAAAAAGACGAAUCAUAACUUUCGCAGAACAUCCGAAGCUCUGGGCAAGCAGGUAAUUUCCGAAAGACCGGCUCUAAGUUCCCAGGUUCUAUCCUCGCUUUUUGAUCGCGCAUACUCUGAAGAUGCAGACAGCGUCUUAGAAUCAGAGUUUGUAAGCGAUCUUGCAAAUAAUCAGGAGACACACCAGGAUCAUGCAGAAUCAGAGUUUACAAACGAUGUCCAGGAGUAUCCCAGAAAAAACCGCCUUUCACUAAAUAAAAAAAGAAGUGACUCUGAAGCUACAAGAAUAUCCCCUCAACCGGCGAAUGCAGCUGUGACACUUUCCGUUCAUACAGGAGUCCAGACCUUAGCCCUGAACGAAGACGAUAUCAUUGACAUUUCAUCUGACUCAGAAAACGAGUCUGAUCUGCAUUCAGCGCAGAGGUCUGAUUCUGCUCGUACCAUUCAUAGAGAAGUGCAGACCGCAGUCCUGAACGAGAACGAAAUCAUUCUCAUUUCAUCUGACUCAGAAAAUGAACCUGACCCACAUUCAGAGCAGAGGUUCGAUUCCAGACCACUGACCCCGCCUCAGUCGCCACAGCAAGAAGAAGUUGCACGAAGGCCAGAACCCGAACAGGGACCAGAACCCGAACAGGGACCAGAACCAUCACCUCAGAGGGCUGCUGAUUCUCCCCGCCUAUCUUUGAGCGCCAGAGAAAUACGAAAGAGGAUUUCAGCAGAAAAUCUGCAAGCAAGAAUUGUUUUGCUGGACGGAUUGAUUAAAGAAUCGUUCCUACUGUUGGAGCAACGUCCUGCACACAGAAGAGGGUUGGGUCGCAACAGAGACAAAGUUAAAAUCCUGCUACGAGCCAUCAGAACAGUGCUGCAUAAUGUUUCCUCUGAUGCAAAGGUGAUUGUGAAAUGAUUCAUGUAUGAUUUCAUGUAUGAUUUGUCUCUUAUAACUCAGUAAAAAUGAAUGAUCAAGAAGGUAGAAUUGAAUUAUCUCAAUCAGAUUAUUCUCAGCAAAUUGCAAACAACAUUCAAGCUUUGCAAACACUCGCAUCAGCAUUGAGUACUGGGGAAAAUAACCCUUCACAAAGCCCUGCUCACAGUCCUGCUAGAUCAGCUGAUUUAAAUCCGUCUGCAGUGUCAAAUUAUUUCCGACGGAUCGACGAUGCACUCCGCGGUCUAAUUGAUUACAUUUCACCAAUAAACUCGCCUAUUGGCUCACCCGCUGCCUCAUCAGUGUUGAAUGAAAGUUUUCAAAAUACAGAAUCUCAAUCAGAUUAUUCUCAACAAAUUGCUAACAAUAUUCAAACUCUACAAACACUUGCAUUAGCAUUGAGUACUGGGGAAAAUAACCCUUCACAGAGUCCUGCUCACAGUCCUGCUAGAUUCCCUGAUUUAAAUCCGUCUACAGUGUCAGAUUAUUUCCGACGGAUCGACGAUGCACUCCGCGGUCUAAUUGAUUACGUUUCACCAUUAAACUCACCUAUUGGCUCACCCGCUGCCUCAUCACUGUUGAAUGAAAGUUUUCAAAAUACACAAUCAGGGUUACCAUCUGAAGCAGUUUCUGAAACAGAUGAUGAAGAUGAUGAUGAGGAUGAAGCACAGCAACACGGAGGUAGUCUAAAUACAGAUCAGAGGGUUGAACGUCAGCGCUUCAAUAACAUUGAAUUAAGGAGAUCAUUAUCAAUCCCACCUCCAACUCAUGGCAUACCCGAUAUUGCAGAAUUCUACACAGCAGUCAUGAAUGUUUUAACUGAUUUGGCUGACGCUGCAAGUUCUAUAGCUGCACGUAAUGAUGUCCUACAGUUAGAAUUAGUGGGGGAUAAUAUUUCUCAUCAUAUAACUGUUUCUGUUACUGACAAUGAUGCAAUCCUGCCUGCGUUUGAGGAAUUUUUAGAUGAGCUGGUUCAAUCUAACGCAGAGCUGCCUUCAGAAAGUAACUUAGAGCUGGUUCUGCAGAUAGUCAGGAAUCCUGCUGGAGGAGGCGGUACAAAACGCAAGGCUGAAAGAACAUUGGAAUGUGAAUUAAUAAAUAAGAAGAGGCGUCACCUGUAUAUUGUACAAAAUACCGGUAACCAACUGUGUUUUGCAAUCAGUCUCGCACAUCUCACUCAUCCUGAAUUUACAGAUAAACAAGCUUUCGAACAGGGGAGAAACUGGCAGCAUCAAGCGGGUCUAUCUGAUCAGACACCGGUUACAUUCAGCGACGUUGCUAAGUUUGAAAACAUUCUACAAAGAAAAAUUGUAGUGUUUCAUCGAACCUCAAACAAUAAGGCUUUCUCUAAAUUUGAAACAGAUUUCCAAAAUCGAUCAAAUCCUUGCUUUCUCCUCCUCCAUAGUAAUCACUUCUAUGGCAUUAAGAAUCUUGCUGGUUUCACUGGGUCAAAAUACAUCUGCAAAUUUUGUUACAGCAGUCAUAAUAAUUCUAACACCCACCACUGUCAAGGCUAUUGUGGUGUCUGCUGCAGUUACAGUUGCACACACCUUCAGUAUGAACCGGUAAAAUGCAGUGACUGUAACAGAAUCUGCCGAAACUCAACCUGUUUCGAUAGACACAAAGAACCUCGCAACAGACCUCAUGCUGAAAUGCUUGUGAGUAAUUGUGAAAUGAUCAAAUAUUGUUCUACCUGUAAAAGGUUAUAUCACGUUCCCAUAACCAAGGAGAAAACUUUACACGUAUGUGAAUCUAAAUGUGCAAUAUGCGGUGAAAAAAAUCUACCUCCUGGUAUGGAUGUAACGCUUAAUGAACACCAAUGCUACAUUCAAACCAGCGCUACUGAUCCCGAACUUCAUGACAAACUUGUGUUUUACGAUUUCGAAUCCUUUUUUGAUCAGAGCGGCGCACAUAAGCCCUUUCUAGUCUGUUCAAAAACAGUGAAAGGUGUUGAAUGGCAUGCUUAUGGUCUGGAUUGUGCACAGCAAUUUCUUCUGCAUUUUAGAAGACCUUUGUACAAAGGGUUUGUGUUUAUCGCUCACAACUCACGCGGGUACGAUAGUUAUCUAAUCCUUAAUGCGAUGGUGCAGUUAGGAAUAAAACCUCAUCUAAUCAUGCAAGGAGGAAAAGUUCUUUGUUUCACGGAUUUGGACUACAAUCUGAAAUUUAUCGAUAGCCUGUCAUUUCUGACCAUGAAACUGAGUGCCAUUCCGAAAGCGUUAGGAUUCACAGAUUCUUCAAAAGGCUAUUUCCCGCACCUUUUUUCGGCUGAAGAGCAUCUCAAGUAUGUGGGCGUGUUUCCUCCUUUAGAUUCUUAUGGGAUCAAACAUAUGAAUCCUGAUGAGCGACAGAAAAUUACUGAUUGGUACAGAGAAGCAUCCAAAGGCAUUUUUGACUUUGAGAAAGAAUCCCUGCAUUAUUGCAAAAAUGAUGUGGACAUUCUUUUUAAAGGUUGUGUUAAAUUCAGAGAGGAGUUCUUUAAGGAGACGAAUGUCGAUCCGUUUAAGAGCAUCACAAUUGCAUCCGCAUGCAUGCAGGUGUUUCUGGCCAAUUUUCUUUCAGAGAAAUCCUUGGCGGUCCCGUCUCCUGUGGACUACAAACGUGGCUUCAAAACUUUCUCUAAUGCAUCCAUUCAGUGGCUAGAGUGGCAGAUGGAAAGUAAGAACUUACACAUUGAACACGCGUUGAACUCUGGCGAACGCAAAAUCGGACCUUAUUCUGUAGAUGGAUUUGCAGUAAUUUCAGGUUCAGCCACUGUAUUCUCUUUCAACGGAUGUCUGUAUCACGGCUGUCCUAAAUGUUUUCAGCCCACUGAAACAUGUCCUUUGAGAAAAGUACCGUUUGAAGAAAUUUAUGCAGCUACGGUUGAAAGAUCUAAGAUUCUCCAAACCGUUUAUGGCGUUCGUGUUGAGACUGUGUGGGAACAUGAGUGGAAUGAAAUGAAAAAGUCUGAUCCGGAGGUAAUCAGAUUCCUGAAAACAUUCGCAGCGCCGCAACCGUUGUCUCCUCGAGCAAGUCUGUUCGGUGGUCGAACUUGUGCUCUCAAGCUGAGACACACAGCAGGGCCGGGUGAGUCUGUGCAUUAUGUAGAUUUCACAUCUCUCUACCCCUACGUAAAUGCCACAUUUGCAUAUCCGCUAGGCCACCCCACCAUCAUUUACAAAGAUUUUGAUGACCCCAACAACUACUUUGGUCUCAUCAGAGCCACAGUAUAUCCCCCACGGGGUCUGUUUUUUCCAGUUCUCCCCUACAAAACAUCUCGGGGUAAGCUAGUUUUCACUCUUUGCCGCACAUGUGCUGAAAUUAACAAUCAAACAGGGUCCUGCACCCAUGAGGAUGAAGAGAGGGCUCUGACAGCUGUUUGGGUGACUUUGGAGUUUCAAAAAGCAUUGCAAUGUGGGUAUCGUCUUGGAAAAAUCACUGAGGUUUGGCAUUUUGAGAGAAGCAGUAGCUCAAUCUUUAAAGGCUACAUUCACACUUUUCUGAAGGGGAAACAGGAAGCCAGCGGUUAUCCGCCUGAAGCGGUGGAUCAGGAGAGUAGAUUGAAAUAUGUGAGAGAUUACGAAGUUAACCAAGGCAUCCGGCUGGAUGCAGACAAAAUUGAGGUGAACCCGGCUAAAAGACAAGUAGCUAAACUGUGUCUCAAUAGCUUCUGGGGAAAGUUUGCGCAAAGAAAUGAUCUCUCUCAGACCACCUUUGUGAGUGAUCCUGAUGAGUUCUUUAAGUUCUUGUUUUCAGGCAAAUACGUGGUGAAGUACUUUCAUUUUUUGAAUGCUGAAACCUGUCUAAUUCAGUGGAACUACCAUAAAAGUUGCAUUGUCCCUCCCAACCGGGCUAACAACGUUUUCAUCGCAGCAUUUACCACAGCUUAUGCUCGAUUAAAACUUUUCAGCUGUCUGGAGCAAGUGCAGGAAAAAAUUCUCUACAUAGAUACAGACAGUCUGAUUUAUAUAGUAAAAGAUGGUGAUACUCCUCUGCCACUGGGGAAUUAUCUCGGGGAUUUGACCGACGAGCUAGGAGGUGACACAAUUCAAGAAUUUGUGGCAGCGGGGCCUAAAAGUUAUGCUUACCAAACAAAAAAACAAAAGAAAGUAGUGAUCCGUGUGAAAGGCAUCACUCAAACGCAUGAGUGCAGCGAGAGAGUCAAUUUUGACAGCAUCAAAGAUUUGGUGAGCGGGUACUUAGAAGGGUCCCAACAUGGAGUUAUCAAGGUACCUCAACGCACCAUCAAACGUGAUAAAAAGGGGUUCGUUUUAAGAAACUCAACAUUUCUUAAAAAGUUCAAGGUCGUAUAUGACAAACGCAGGCUUCUUUCUGAUGGUUCAACUCUACCUUUUGGUUUUUAGAGUUUAAGAGAAAAAAAAUAAAAUAAAAU